AUGUCAACUAGAAAAAACAAAUCUAAGGCAGCUGCUCCAAAGAGGAAGAAUCAAUCUGAUGAAGAUGAAUCAAGUACUGAUACAGAUAAUGAUUCUGAACCAAGCAAGAAAAAACAAUUUAAACCAUCUUCCAGUAAACAACUAGUGAAGACAGUGAAGAAGACCAUGUCAGUUCAUGAUUCAGAUAGUGAUGAAUCCACCACUGAAGAUUCAGAAAAUGGUACUGGUGACUCCACAGAAUCUGUCUAUUUUCAAGUUCGUCACGUUAAUGGAAAACGGGAAUAUGUGAUUGUUCCAGAGCAUGUCGAUUACAUCUUUGAUUUGAUAGAUAAGGACAAAGCUUUUCCAGAGUUCAUCAAUGCCAUUAUCCAAUGUGAAAAGGUAUUAACUGACCUCACAAAAAGGUUUGCUCAUCUAUUUUCAGGGCUUGCAUUCAACACUACCGUAAAUGGUAUAACUUAUUCAAUUCCUCCAGACAUUAUCAAAAUGCUUAUUGGUAAUGUGACUCAAAAACAGUGCUUGGAAUUGUUAGCACAUCAUCACUUCAAGAAACCUAUAGGAGAACUCACAACUGAUCAAAGAACAGUAUGUAGAAAGUUCUUUGAAGCAAGGGGAUGGGAUAAAGAAAGUGUUCGGAAGGCAAUCAAUAGUUUGAUCAAAGAAUAAUUUCCAGACAUGAUGUUAAGCUUGAUAGUCAAGCUUGUGAAAUUUGUAUUUUUUUUUUUAAAAUUUUCAAAAAAAUUCACAAGUCUGAAAUACGUCACCUCCUCCUUCACUGAUUUUCAUCAUCAAAACAACACAAAACAAACAACAACAAAUAAACAAC